GGGUGCCGUCAUUUUGUUUUUCAGUACUUCUCCGGGCCUCAUCCGCGAUGAUAGUGUGGGAAAAAGUGUUUUACACCAAUUUCGGCAAGCUUCUUAUCAAAAUUUCGGUGAAAAGUGACUCAAGUGUGCUAAUUAUUUAAUGUGGUGUGCUAUUUAGCAGCUUCCACGAGCUUUUUCCCACAAAAACUUGCAGUGAAAAGUACUGUGAAAGGGUGUUUCUGUGGUGAAUGGGAUGGUUACUGAGUUUUGUGAUGAAGGAUUACGUGCAAAAGGGAUAAAUUGACGCCCAAAAUCUAGCUCAAUUGAUGUCUGCUGGAUUUCUGGCCAGUGGUUGUUGGUGAUACUAGCAGGAAAUUGUGUGUGAAUCUCUGGUGUUGAGAAGGGGUGCAAAAAGGAGGCCCACCCUUCGUAAAGGGGCCAUUGAGCAUCGUUUUUUUCUGUGUGUGGUUGGAGUGAGAGAGAAACAGGAAGUUUUUGUGUGCUUCGCCGCGGAAAAAAGAGGCUGUAAAUGGUGUAGCAGCUUCUGCCCUUGUCACCGUGUCCGUGAGUCGCCAGAAAAAAAUUGUGAGCCCGUGACGCAAUGGAGCCCCCAUCGAUGAUUGUGCGACUACUCCACUCGGUGCCCCGCUUCAACAUCACCCUGCACAGAGUCAGCAAUGCAUUCAAUCCCAACAGCGAUUCAUACAUUGAGAGUUUGGGAAUAUUGGCGUCAAUACCGGCUGCAGUAUUGAUUGUCUCACUGAUUGGACUCCUGCUGUAUUUGCUGACGAGGUGUUGUGAUAGAAAACCACGACGAGGCACAUCUAAUGCAUGUCAGAAAUGUACAUUACUCAUUGUAACGAUACUUUGUGGUUGUGCCAUUGGACUAGGUUUAUAUGGAAAUGAUGAUCUGCACAAUGGGGUCCUGCAGGUGUUUGGGUCAGGACGGCAGGUUGAGGCACUGGUGAAGAGUGUACGAAAUCAAACGGACACGCUGAAACACAACUUGAAAUCACGAGUAGUGAUGUCGGAGCUGGAGGAUAUAUUUGAUAAACCAACGUCAAAUCAAACUGCACUCACUAUUGUUCUCUACACUGUUAGACAAGUGAAAGAUAAUACAACAUUAGCUAUCAAUGCACUUGAGGCGGUCUCUUACUUCAUCCGAUCAUCCCAGUCUGAAGUGACUAUAAAGAAUGUCUUAGAUACGGCCGAAUUUUACGAAUCAAUCAGAUGGCCAGUAACUCUUGGAUUUCUGGCUGUUCUACUCCUUCUGUGCACUAUCUUAAUAAUUGGUGUGGCUCGGUCAUCGCGAUGUGCAUUAAUAUUCUUCAGUGUAUUUGGUCUUCUGGGCGUAACUUUGUGUUGGCUUCUAUCCAGCAUUUACUUGGCCGGUGCUAUUGCACUUGGUGAUUUUUGCGUGAAGCCUAAUGAGUACAUUUGCAGUCAGCAGAAAAUGCCGGAUAUUCAUUAUAUGAAUUGUGGAACGGUUGGAACGAAUCCCUUUAUCCUUCGACUCAAUGAAUCACGAGACAAUGUGGAUCAUGCUAAAGAUGCUCUUCAGAUUGUGUCCAGGAUUUCAAUGGAUAUGUAUCCACGUGUUGAUGUGGGUUCAAAAAUCUCCCAUAUUCAGUCAGAGUUGGACAACAGCAAGCGUCAAUUGAUGGUGCUGUCGACGAUGCUAGAUCCACGAACUGUUCAGCAACAUUACAAUACUGCCACGAAGGGAUUGUGCGGUGCAAGUCUAUUUGGUCUUGCCCUCAUGCUCGUGGCAAGUUUGUUCUCAGCUUUCUUCCUCACUAUUCUCGUUUGUGUGGACUCACAUGCAUGGAUUUAUUUGGCAAAGAAGCGACCAUAUGGGGACAAGUCUGAGACGACUCCUCUCUUCCCAUCUGGCUCAUCCAUGUCACCUACCACAGCCCCAAUUCUCAGUGGCACUUCCACCAUCAAUCGCACUCUUUUGCACCACCAGCAGCAGAAUCAAUUGAGUGGCAUCAAUUCGGCAAGCGGAACAAUGAGUCGCAAUGGCACGGCUGGAUUGAGAGGGUUGGAAUAUAGUGGCGAUUCACCGCCACCAGAUUAUAAUGUUGUGGUGCAUGGCAACAGGACUUCUACUGGCCACCAUACACUUGGUCGUCUGCCAUCGCAGCAAUCAUCGUACUUAUCUGGUCCCAACAAUGGGAAAUAUGCCACACUGAGCAAACAGUGCAAAACACUUGAAUCAAAUGACUUUUACUGAGAAUCGCCUGCCUGCACCUUAAAUGCAGGCAGUGGAACUCUAAGUAAAUCAUCAUCAAUC